GGAGAAGGCUGCCAAGGUUUUAUCUAUCUGCACUCCUUGAGGGCGGGCCUUGCCGGCAAACCCUCAUCUGCCGGGAGUCCGCCUGCCGAGUUCUGUUGCCCAAUGAGCCCGGGGCAAGGAUGUGAGCGCAAAUCCUGUUUCCAAGCGGCCCCUAACCCCCCGUGACCUCGGUGUGCAAUCAGUACUGAAGUAAACCUGCCAGACGGAGUCGGCCCGGAGAUCCGUCAGGCGGCUUCUCUCCAGCGAACGGUGACGCCAGCCGCCUCCAAGGUUCGCUGUAAGCCUGGGGCUGUCUGGCACCUCCCCUCCCGGCUCUCCCGGCCACGCCCACUUGGCCACGCCCUCGCUGUGAUUGGCCGAGCUUCAGGCCGGGUCGCACCACAAUUGGCCGGGACUCCGGGACGCUGGUCCCGGGCGCACGCCACGUGUACGUAGGGGCGGGCCGGAAGGCGAAGACUCCAGCUGACGCGGCCCGGCGUCGCUGCCUCGCGGUGGCCAUGGAGUGGGACGGGCAGCAGCUGUCCGCGCGGCCGGCCCUGGAGACAGAGGGGUUGCGCUACCUGCACGUCACGGUGGGCUCCCUGCUAGCCACCUAUGGCUGGUACAUCGUCUUCAGCUGCAUCCUUCUCUACGUGGUGUUUCAGAAGCUUUCCACCCGGCUGAGGGCCUUGAGACAGAGGCAGCUGGACCGAGCUGCGGCUGCUGUGGACCCCGAUGUUGUUGUUAAACGACAGGAGGCUUUAGCAGCUGCUCGUUUGAAAAUGCAAGAAGAAUUAAAUGCACAAGUUGAAAAGCAUAAGGAAAAACUAAGACAGCUUGAAGAACAAAAAAGGAGACAGAAGAUUGAAAUGUGGGACAGCAUGCAAGAAGGGAAAAGUUACAAAGGAAAUGUAAGAAAGCCUCCGGAAGAAGACGGUCCUGGGCCUUCAACUUCAUCGGUCCUGCCGAAACGGAAAUCUGACAGGAAGCCUCUGCGGGGAGGUGGUUACAACCCAUUGUCUGGUGAAGGAGGUGGAGCCUGCUCCUGGAGGCCUGGACGCAGAGGCCCGUCAUCUGGUGGAUGAGGCUAAGAAUCUUGUUAGUGUCGCUUGUGACAUUAGCAAGAUGAAUCCGUAACCCUCAAUUCAAUUGCCUUACGCACACUUUUCACAGUGACUAGCCAAGGGGAGUGGGUUUAUUUCUGUUUUUAACUACACUGCAUCUUGAACGGUUGAAGUCAGCGUAGGAUAGAGACAUCACCACUAGCAGUAGUGACAGUUGGUCACACUUCACUAAAGCCGGUGACUGCAUUCAUUGAUUUCAUGGGUAAUUGCUAGUUGGUAGAUAAAGCCCUCCAGGUGAUUAACAAUCUUGAUAAAAGAGACCUACUGAUGGGUCUUCACGUUAGAAGUCCUUGCUGGUAGCACAGUCUCUGUGACAGGUUGCGUUGAAUGAUGUCUUCCUUGUAAAUGGUGAGCCCACCAGCGAGGAUUACUGAUGCACAGUUGAUGGGGUUGUUUCUGUAUAUUUAUUUUUAUGUACAGAACUUUGUAAAAAAGAAACUGUAAAUAUUAAAAAAAUGCAAAAAACA